AUGCCACAUAGCGCCAACCAAGACGGAUACCGUCUCGGAGUGGACGUUGGCGGCACCUUCACAGACGUCUACGCCUUCACGCCCGACGGCCAGAUCGCAAGAGCCAAGGUUCCGACCACAGUUGAAGAUCAAAGCAUUGGGGUCAAGACCGGAAUCCAGAAGGUGCACCAAACUCUCAAAGAACGCUACUCAUGGGACGGGAAGUUCCAAUUCAUCCACCAUGGCACUACCACCGCCACUAACGCGGUCCUCGAAGGCAAAGGAGCACGGACCGGCCUGAUCGUGACUUCAGGGCACAAAGACAUUCUGGCGGUUCGCCGGUCCCAGAUACCCGGUGGUCUGGGUGCCUGGCUGCACUAUACUCCGCCGGAGCCGAUCGUGCCCCUGGAGCGUGUGAUCCAGUGUCGGGAGCGCAUGUCGGUGGAUGGCAAGACGGUUGUCGCCGUGGAUACGGAUGCGCUUCGUGAUGAUCUAAAGGCCUGGGUGAAGGAACGGCCCGAGGCUGUGGCGAUAUCAUUGCUCAACUCGCACUGCAACAGCCAGCACGAAAUUUUGGUGGCGAAUGUCGUACGCGAGGAGCUCGGAUCGGAUGUGACUGUGAUCUGCUCCAGCGACGUUCUCAGAGAAGUAGGCGAGUACGAGCGCACAGUGACCACCUGCACCAAUGCACUUGUCAAACCCGUGGUUCAGAGCUAUCUCAGUAACCUGCAGGGCCUACUGGCGGAGGAUGGAGAUACAAUCCGCAUCCUCAAGUCGGACGGCGGUCUGACGAGCUUGGAGCUGGCGGGCCAGCUGCCCGUCAAUAUUCUGAUGUCCGGUCCCGCUGGAGGAGUACAAGGGGUCGCCGACGUCGUCACGCGAAACACUCCGUAUAAGAACCUGAUCACCUUCGACAUGGGCGGCACGUCGACGGACUGCGCGCUGAUCAACCAAGGGAAGCCUCAGCUUCGCCGCGAGACCGUGGUCGGCCAACUCACCGUUCGCUCGCCCGCCGUGGACAUCCGGACCGUGGGAGCAGGAGGCGGCUCCAUUGCGAAAUACAUGAGCAUCACUGAAACCAUGAGAGUUGGUCCGGAGAGCGCAGGGGCCAGCCCGGGACCCGCAUGCUACCGCAAGGGAGGGACUGAAGCCACCGUCACGGAUGCCAACCUUGUGCUCGGAUACCUGCCCGAGAACCUCUUGGGAGGCGAAUUUACUCUGGACGUGGAGGCUGCAACGGCCGCGGUCGGGAACAUCGCUAACCAGAUGAAGCUGUCGGUUACCCAGACCGCCGAGGACAUUAUCAACCUCGUGAACGAGACCAUGUACGGAGCCCUGCGCCUCGUGUCGGUCGAACAAGGCUAUGACCCGAAGGAUUUCGCUCUUGUCGCUUUUGGAGGUGCAGGGCCCCUUCAUGCCAAUGCUGUGGGCAAGCUCCUCGGCGCUUGGCCAGUCAUUGUUCCCCCCUCUCCAGGUACUCUGUGCGCCCUGGGGGAUGCGACUACUCGGCUGAGCUACUCUCAGUCAUCCUCUUUCAUCCGCCUACUCUCCGCUACAACAGCGCAGGAGCUGAAGGGCCGAUUUGAUGAGCUCGAAGAGGCAAGCCGGGCAGCCAUGCAAAGAUCCAACGCAGACCGUCCGACACAGCUGAACAUCGCCUAUCAUGUGGAUCUCAGGUACCGAGGCCAGGCAUUGAAUAUGACAGUCGAUCUGCAGGCGGAGGAGCUACUACUAGAAGACCAGCCAUGGCGAGAGCUCCUACAGGCGAAAUUUGACCAGCUCCAUGAACAGCAGUUCAAGUACUGUCUUCCCAAUUAUGAGCUGGAACUGAUGCGCCUCGAGGUCGUUGCCGUUGACGGUUCGCCCAGCAUCGAGCUCCCCCGGCUCAGCAAGGCCGAAUCACCUGCACCACCGCCUGAUGCAAUAGUCUCAAAGAAACAGAUCGUCAUCGAAGGACGGACGAUGGAGGCCACGCUGUGGGAUCGAGAAAAAUUGAGCUGGCAAGGGGUACGGGUGGAUGGCCCCUGCAUCAUCACCGAAAUGGACAGCAACACCCUGAUCCUUCCCGGAUGUUACGGCGAGAUUGACUCGAUCGGAAACAUUCUGAUACGCCCAGCUGAUGAUCUGACAAGAGAGCAGCCGAAAGGCCAGACUGCAGAAGCGGCUUUGGAGACGGUCCAAUCGACGCCCCUGAUCCCCACGCUGGUUGCGUCUGCCUUGGCCUCAAUUCGCAGUGAAAUGGACACCCUCAUGCUGCGUUGUAGCAUGUCGCCUGCGAUUCGUGAGCAGCAGGAUGAAUUCAAUGUCAUCACCACUGCCGACGGCAAGAUGCUUCUUCAUCACCCAGUUUCUGGGCGCGUCUGGAAAGGCACGAUCGACGAAGGUGAUGUGUUCAUCACCAACGAUACAUACAUGAUUGAAGGAGCCGUGACACACUUGAACGACGUGAUCGUCCUGCUGCCCAUCUUCCAUGAGCACCGACUGAUCGGAUGGGCGUCGCAGUUCGGGCACUUGACUGACGUCGGAGGAAUGGUCCCAGGCAGUAUGUCCAUCAACGCGUCAUCCAUCUUUGACGACGGCGUCCAGAUCCCGUGUAUCAAACUGUACAAUAAGGGGGUUAUGAACACCGACCUGGUCGAGCUGCUCUGUCGCAACUCGCGACAGCCCGACUGGUACAGAGCGGACUUGUUUGCCAUCAUCACCGCAUGCCGGACGGCCGCCAGCCGUGUCUGUCAGCUCGUCCUGCGGUUUGGAUGCGAGGUCUAUCUCGCGGCUUGCUCUGAACUGCUCAUGCGCAAUCGCACAGCGAUGGCUCAGAUCAUCGAGACCGAUUUCACCGACAAGCCAUGCACGUUCACUGAUUUCGUUGACGACGAUGGUCACGGCAUCGGCCCCUGGGCCUUGACCUGUACGAUGAAGAAAAUCGAUGGGAACAGACUGCUGUUUGACUGGAGUGGGACCUCACCCCAGAGCGAGCACAGCAUCAAUUUCUAUCUCUCGGAGACCAUGUUCAAGAUGUUCAUCGGCUACUACAUGAUCGCCGCAGCCGCACCGGGCACUGUGAUCAACGACGGCUUCCACGACCUCAUUGACAUCUAUAUCCCCGAGGGCAGCGUCCUGAAACCCGUCCGACCAGCGCCGAUUUCCUGCCGGACUCAUCUGCUGGGUAGAACAAUGGACGUCAUGCAAGCGCUUAUCGGCCAGAGGAACCCAGUCUAUGCCGCCGCCGCGGGCUUCAGCGACUCUCCCCACUUCUUCUACUCUGGAUACAAACCCGACGGAGAGUGGUAUCAGUUAUACCAGAUUGGCUUCGGUGGCGUUCCUGCACGGAACGCCGGCGACGGCCUUGACUGCCAUUGCCUGUUCCCAGCGAUCAAAUCGAUUCCCACUGAGAUCAUCGAGCGGAACUAUCCUCUGCGCAUCGAAGCCAACGAGAGCGUCCCGGACAGCGGCGGACCGGGAUUCUACCGCGGUGGCAACGCACAGCGCACUCUCUACCGCUUCCUGUGUCGAGGAGAGUUCGGUCUGCACGAUGACCGCUGGUUCACGAAGCCCUGGGGGAUCCGAGGCGGCAGAUCGGGCUCACGUUCCCGGAAGGUCCUCUACCGAUACUCCAAGUCCCAGGAAAACCCGCCGGUGGAAGUCCUACCCUCGAAAUGCGACCACAUCUGCGUCGAGCCAGAUGACCUCCUCGAGUGGGUGACAUGGGGAGGCGGUAAACUCGGAGAUCCAUUGACUCGACCGGCCGAGAAGGUGGCACUAGAAGUCCGUCGCCGAUUGCUGACCAUCCAGGGCGCCUACGAUAAUUACGGUGUGGUUGUGAAUCCGGAUGAUCUGAGCGUGCGUGAAGCCGAAACCAGAGCCUUGAGGACGAGUAUGAUGGCUGCUCGGCAUGCAGUGGGCAAGCCCCAGCAGUAUGAUCGAGGAGGCACGAUCGAGGAAUUGACCGAGUCUUGCCUGAAGGAGACUGGGCUUCCUGCGCCGAGGCCGCAAUGGGAGCUGGAGCCUUACGGACCGCAUAUGUCGCUUCCGUAUGUCAAGGAGUGGUAUGCACAAAUGAAAGAGGCGAGAGGGUGGGUGCUGCAGUCGUAG